GCGGAGGCUGAAAAAAAAAAAUUGAGACAGUGUUCCAGUCUCCCCCACAGAUGCUGAUGGUCUCUCCGUCCGUAUGAGGAAUUAGCGUGACGAAUAGACCCUGGACGACUAACUUGACGCCCCCCACCCUCCUCGCGCUUUGCGGAGUGGUCAAGCGUGGACGAAGCAGAGGACGAUGCAGCUUGGAUCGUGCGCGCUUGUCUUCAUCUGCUCUUGACUUUGUUGGAUGACCUCAUCUUAACUGCCGGGCACUUUGUUGAGGUCUGUCAUCCGCUUGUUUGAAACAGCAGUCGGACGUUCCAAGAGAGAGACCUCCCCCCCGACCAUCGAUGCAUUGAUGCACCCCUCCCAGUGGUGCAACGGCUGCUUCUGUGGUCUGGUUCUGGAUUAUUCCAACAAAUCGUGCGCCAUGCCACCCAUCACCUUCCAGGACCUGCCGCUCAACAUCUACAUGGUCAUCUUCGGCACAGGCAUCUUCGUCUUCAUCCUCAGCCUCAUCUUCUGCUGUUACUUCAUCAGCAAACUUCGACAUCAGGCCCAGAGUGAGCGCUUUGGAUACAGAGAGGUUGUUUUGAAAGGAGAUCCAAAGAAGUUGAACGUGCACGGGACGUGUGCGGUGUGUCUGGAGGACUUUAAAGUGAAAGACGAGCUGGGAGUGUUGCCAUGCCAACAUGCUUUCCAUCGAAAGUGUCUUGUCAAGUGGUUGGAGGUACGCUGCGUCUGCCCCAUGUGCAACAAGCCCAUCGCCGGCCCCCCUGAGCACCACAGCAUCGGCACCCUUCUGGACGAACUCGUAUAACCCAACAAGUCGCUUCCCGCCUCGGCCGGAGCGGUGUCGGUGAGCUUACCGCCACAUGACGGGACGGGUGGCUCAACCUUCGACGGCUGCGGUAACAACACGACAACACUUGGGGUGAGCUGAGCACCCAGAAAAGAAAUAACAUGUCCCUCUUGGUGAGGGAUGCUGUUGCCUGGCAACCGCCCCCGAGACUGGAACCCGUCGGCUCGGCGCCUUCUGGUGUGGGGAUUAUGCGCGGCCACCCACGCGUCCCUCCAACUGCGCUUCUUUCAAUCUUGUCCACUCACACAUCAUCUCAUUUUCCCCUCAAGGGAGGUCAACAGCAAUUUUUAUGUUUUGUUGACCUAAUCGAUGACUUUCAAGACACUUGCACAAGAGCAUUAUUAUGUCGACAUGUUGUGAAGAAGACUACCUUUGAAGAGAACAAAGCACUGGAGCAAGGACAUACUGGG